UCGCUCACCGCCCGUACCGGUCGAGGGACCGCCCCGCUGAAAAGUUGGCAAAUCGCAAAAAAAAAAUCUCUGUCGCAAGACCCUUCGCCCCAGCCACUGGACCCUUGCCUUAAAACUCAAGCUCCCGCCUCGAGGCUACAGAGAAGUUUUUCCUCGCGCAACCUCGCUCUGGAAAAAAAGUCCUUCUCUCGCUUUUUUCCAGCUUCCCAAUCCCUUUCCCUUCCUCCCCUAUACCCCUCAAUUCACAAUUUCUUCACACCUUCACAAUGGGCAAGACCAAGUCUACCACCAAGGGCAGCAAGGCCGCUGACCCUAUCACCAAGGUGAAGAACGCCGGCGUCACCAAGGCCGCUGAGAGCCCCAAAGCCAAGUCAAAGGCCAAGACUGAGGAGCCCUCUAAGAAGCGCAAGGCCCUUGACGACCCUGUCAUUCCCGGCAAGAAGGCUCGCACCGAUGUCUCUGACAAGAGCUCCACCCUUUUCGUGGGCUCUCUUGCCUGGGCUGUUGAUGACAACUCUCUGUAUGAGGCUUUCCAGGAGUUUUCCGACCUAACUGGUGCCCGCGUCGUUACCGACAAGGCUACCGGCCGCAGCCGUGGCUUCGGCUAUGUCGACUUUGCCACUCCCGAGGCUGCUGCUGCUGCCCUCGAGGGCUCCCAGGGCCGUGAACUUGCUGGCCGUGCUAUGAACAUCGACUUCUCUGGCCAGAAGCCUGCUGGUGACGGCAACCACCAGGCUCGUGCCUCCGACCGCGCUCAGAGACACGGCGAUACUGUCUCCCCCGAGAGCGACACUCUCUUCGUUGGCAACCUCCCCUUCGACAUUGAUCAGGACACCGUCAGCGCUUUCUUCAGCACGGCCGCUGAGGUCACCAGCGUUCGCCUGCCCACUGACCCCGAGACGGGUAACCUCAAGGGCUUCGGAUAUGUUUCCUUCAACUCCAUUGAUGAUGCCAAGACUGCUUUCACCCAACUCAACGGCCAGUACGUUGGUGAGGGCCGCAGUGGCCGCGCUGUCCGCCUGGACUUCGCCGGCCAGAAGCCCCAGCGUGAGGGUGGUGGCUUCGGUGGUGGCCGCGGCGGUGGCCGUGGCGGUGGCCGCGGUGGUUUCGGUGGCCGUGGACGCGGCGGCGGUGGCCGUGGCGGCCGCGGUGGAUUCUCUUCCACAAACCGUGGCGGCCUCGGCGACUUCAAGGGUCAGAAGGUCAAAUUCUAAACGGCUACGCAAUCCUGAUAAGAUGGUGAAUCAGAGGGCACUACGCGGGCAAUCCUGUGGGCUACUGUGGGCUGUCGGUUCGAGACAAGUUUCUUCCCUGCGGGGAUUG